AUGGCUGCAUCCAUCUGCAUUUCACCCUUGACUUCGGUCUCCCAGCAAGCCGACUCCGAAGCAGGGUGGAUCGAUGAUCCAUCACACAUGUCAAAUCAGCAUGGUGCUUCCAACAUCAACAUGACAUCACGACUUCAACAUUCAGAUUGUGUUGACGAUUGA